AGGGACUCUGGCCAAGUUUUUUUAGGCUGCUCUGCCAAACAAAGAUUUUUCUAAGAGCCAGUUGUCCCAACUCUGCUGCUAGACUGUGAAGUGCGAGGACUCGUAAAUCGAGAGGAGGGCCGCCUGUGAGGGGGACAAGUGGAUUUCUUGAGCCACUACAGCCGGUCAUUGACUGACUGGGCUGCCAACAGUACCUACCGCUACAGCAGGACGCUCAACAGUUCAGUGCGCAACUGUUUUGGCUUGAGGCGGACUGGAUAGGGUGAAGUGAAGCUCCCCAGCCAACUCAGAAGUGAAUGAGUCUUCUCCUGCCACCUCCAAGAACCUCAUCAUCAUGCUGUGACAGGGGCCCUGCAGACAGCGGCCACACCAGGCACCAUGAGGCAGCGAGCUCGGCCUCAGAGAGAGGAGAAAUCACCCUUCAUCACUCUCAACCAGGCUGGGCAGUGGAAGAAACACACACAGCAGCAGCAGCUUGCACCACAGCAGAGACAGGCUAACACACACAUCUGAUCCUACCAGGGAGAGCAAAUGGGGAAGACGGUGAGAAGCUGAGAGAGUGGAUUCAGUAUCUCAGAUUGUGUCAUUUUAAAUGGCUAUCUGGACUGGGCCACACUUAGAGACAGUGAUGUCCAUGUUAACACAUUGUCCUCCACUAGACCCUCCUUGUUAGAAGUCACAAGUCAGUCCCCGGCCCCUGUGAGGCUAGAGAGCUGAGGGGCAGAGGAAGAGAGGAGCAGAGGACAAGAGAGAGAGAUAGAGGGGAAAAUAUAGAGACUGUGACAGGCCCCCAUGCAGGCGCGUAAGAAGUAUGUUCUGCUGGGCUUGUGUGCGUGCUGCUGGCUGCUCCUCUUUUACUGGGGUGGAGGAGUCCAGGUACGUCUGCUCCGGCUGCUGACACGCCAGCGGGGCGAGGUGGUGCGCCCCUGGCCCAACUGGACUGACCGGGCCUUCCUGCCCCGCUAUGCCCACCUGGACGAGCUCCAGACGGACCCAGGGACAUCCGAGUCGCCCCGCCAGCGCCGGCAGGCUUGGUCCGGCAUCUACAAAGACAGCCGCUGCCGCAUGGAGACCUGUUUCGACUUCUCGCGGUGUCGCCGGAGAGGAAGGGAAGGGUUCAGGGUGUACGUAUACCCAUCGGAGAAAAACGAUCGAGUGUCAGAGAGUUAUAGGAAGAUCCUGACGUCUAUAGGUGAGUCAAGGUACUACACAUCAGACCCCCGCGAAGCAUGUCUGUUUGUGCGGAUAGACACCUUGGACAGAGACCAGCUAUCGGGACAGUUUGUGCCUAAUGUGGACGAACGUAUUCGUGGUUACCCGCUCUGGAACGACGGGCGGAACCACCUGAUCUUCAACCUGUACUCGGGCACCUGGCCCAACUACACCGAGGACCUGGGCUUCAACAUAGGCCAGGCCAUCUUAGCCAAAGCCAGCCUCAACACAGAACAUUUCAGGCCGGGCUUUGACGUCUCCAUCCCCCUCUUCUCAAAGGAGCACCCCCAGAAGGGCGGAGAGCGGGGCUGGCUCGUGCGGAACACCGUCCCACCACGCAGGAAGUACCUGCUGAUGUUCAAAGGGAAGCGUUACCUAACAGGCAUUGGCUCGGACACCCGUAAUGCCCUCCACCACAUCCACAACGGGAAGGACAUUGUCUCGCUGACGACGUGCCGCCAUGGAAAGGACUGGGAGAAGCACAAAGACGCCCGCUGUGACCAUGACAACCUGGAGUAUGAGAGGUUUGACUACCAGGAGCUUCUCCACAACUCCACCUUCUGUUUGGUGCCCCGAGGUCGACGCCUGGGCUCCUUCCGCUUCCUGGAGUCACUUCAGGCGGCGUGCAUCCCAGUGUUGUUGAGUAACGGUUGGGAGCUCCCCUUCUCUGAUGUCAUACAGUGGAACCAGGCAGUUAUUGAGGGAGACGAGAGAUUACUACUGCAGGUGCCAUCCACAGUGAGGGCGGUGGGGAACGAGCGAGUCCUGGCCCUCAGACAGAGGACCCAGAUGCUGUGGGAGGCCUAUUUCUCCUCCGUGGACAAGAUAGUCCUCACCACACUUGAGAUCAUCAAAGACCGUGUGUUUUCCCACAUUUCAAGGAAUAAGUACAUGUGGAAUUCGCUGCCAGGAGGCCUGCUAGUCCUACCAGAGUACUCCACUCACCUCGCACAUUUCCCUUUCUACUACCUGGGACUAGGGGUCAGUCCAGGUCAGGAGUUCACGGCUGUCAUCCACGCCGUCUCCCCAUUGGUCUCCCAGUCUCAGCCAAUCAUGAAGCUGCUCCAGGUGGUCUCCAAAUCCAAGUACUGCUCCCAGAUCAUCAUUUUGUGGAACAGUGAAAAGCCACCCCCCAACCGGAGCAAAUGGCCCCCCAUGCCCGUCCCGCUCACUGUGACAGACGGCAGGAGAAAGACUAGCAGCCGGUUCCUGCCUCAUGUUGCCAUAGAGACAGAGGCAGUGCUGAGUCUCGAUGAGGAUACAGUCCUGCUGACCAGUGAGGUGAACUUUGCCUUCUUGGUGUGGCGGAGCUUCCCCGAGCGUAUCGUGGGUUACCCUCCCAGGAGCCAUUUCUGGGAUCCCCUAAAGCAUGCCUGGGGCUACACCUCUAAAUGGACCAAUGACUACUCCAUCGUCCUGACCGGGGCCGCCUUCUACCACAGGUAUUACCACUACCUGUUUUCCCACUACCUGCCCCCUUCCCUACGGGCUCUGGUGGAUCGUACCUCCAACUGCGAGGACAUCCUGAUGAACUUUCUGGUCUCCUCGGUAACCCACCUGCCGCCGAUCAAAGUGGCUCAAAGGAAGCAGUAUAAGGAGCUACCCAACCCACAGGGUACAAAGAGCGCUCCCUGGGCCAACCCAGAGCACUUCAACCAGCGGCAGGAGUGCAUCAACACCUUCGCCAGCUGGUUUGGCUACAUGCCGCUUGUCCACUCUCAGUUCCGCCUGGACCCCGUGCUCUUCAAGGAUCAGGUGUCAGUCCUCCGCAAGAAGUACAAAGACCUGGAGAGGGCUUGAAACUGACGAACAAACAGACAAGACAGGCUGGAGGUGUUGUCUAGUCUGGUGGCCUUUUGGACAGACAAAUGAACAGAUCACAAUGGACCGUCUGGAUAUGGACAGAGAGAUCGGCAGACUGAGAAAAUGGUAGUCUGAUCCGUUUGUAAUUUGGACACAAAAGUACAAUCAGUGGACAGACCCUGGUGGACUGUUCUGCGGACAGAAAGUAGAUAUGCAUACAUAAAGGGGAGUACGGCUGCAAGGAGCUUGGAACGGUUCUCCCACCUCCACAAGUCUGGUAAGACAAGAGAUCGGAGGAGAAAACGUUAGGGGCCUUAGAGGAGGCCCUGUGACCGGGUCUCCCAAUUGAGAAGGGACAACCUCAAUUGGAAAAAAGAUAAACAAACGGAACAUGUGUGAACACUUCUGAUGUCAGUGCUGCUGGCGUGACGGUGGAAAGAGAACGGCUAUCUCAUGCCAGAGGCGCCCUUGGUGCCGCGCACUCUGGCCGUCCUAUGUGUCUCAGCCUUAGUGCGCAGGGACUGUUGCCAAGGAAACGGAUCAUUUCACAUCAAAAUGCUAACUGUAAAACCAAUUAAAAAAAAAGAGAGAUUUCUAAAUGCAUAUCUGGCAUGGCACUCGUUAUUGAUUUUGUC